CCGGGUUGGUUGUCCUCUCUCCGGCUUGCAGACGCCUUCCUAGUCUCUCGCUUGUCCUUUCUCUCGGCUACAGUGGUGCGAGGCCACAAUGAAGCAGCUUUUGUUUUUACUCUGCUUGACAUACUGCUUUAUAUCUUCUUCUACUGGUGCAAGUGCAGGACCGCGGCUUAACAAUGACCGGCUGUACAAAUUUAGGUACAGCACCGAGGUCCUGCUGGGCAGGCCUCAGGGGUCACCAAAAGGCGGUACCGGCUACAAGAUCUCCAGUGAUGUGAACAUUAACCUGGUGUGGAGGAACCCAGAAAAUGAAGACGAUCAGCUCCUAAAACUGGAGAUUUCGAAUGUCAAGGUCGAGAAUGCGAUUCCACUGUCCAAGAAAAACAACAUCUUUCUUGAUACCACAGCAGAGAGCAUUUUGGGAAAAGAGAAAUUGGCAUUCCUGCAAACGCCUUUUAUAGUCCACUGGAGGCUUGGGAAGCUGAGGAGCUUCUACACUUAUAAGGCGGAGCCUGCAACUAUCAGGAACCUCAAAAGGGGUGUGGCCAGUAUGCUAAUGAUGCAGUUGAGAUCUGGGAAGAUGGUAGAGGCAGAUGCUUCCGGAAAGUGUUUUGUGGAGUACAAGGCCAGUAAGGACCUAGUGAUCCGCACCAAGGAUGUGGAGAGCUGCAAAAACACUGAGACUGGCUUUACCACUCACAGUCAGGUUCUAGGAGUGAGUGGCAAGUCUAGCUCGGCCACCGUGAUCACGCUGCGGGACAGUUUCAUCGAGUCAGCGGUGUCUGAGGAGACCUAUGUCCUCUCCGUCAAUGCCCGCCACACCACUGCCACUAAAGUCACCUCCAGGCAAAUAUUGACUCUUGAGAAGACAGAAGUAGGACCCCCAGAGGUUGGUGGGAAAGAUGCUGCCAGUGUGGUCAAAUCUCUGGAUGCCAAUCUGAUGUCACUUGGAGUUAUAGCUGAGAAGGCCAAACCCAGAUGCAAGGGUUGCCCCUCGCUUAUGGAGACAUGGAAAUCUCUGAGGGCCCAGCUGGAGCCUGACAGUCUUGCCAAAGCCUCUGCUCCACGUAGUUUCCUCAGUCUCAUUCAGAGUCUCAGAAAAUCCACCAAGACCGACAUCCUCAAAGUCCUGAGGAACUGCAGCAAGACUGCCCUACCUCAGCUGGUUGACGCUGUAACGUCUGCCCAGACCCCUGCUUCACUGGAGGCCAUCCUGGAGUUCCUCAACUUCUCAAAGAAGGAAGAGCUGGUUUUGCAGGAGCGUUUCCUUUAUGCCUGUGGCUUUGCCUCCAACCCCACAGAGACCGUGCUUCAGUCUCUGCUGGACAUUUCUAAGGGAAAAAUUGGUAGUCCUGACAUUAAGGAGUCUGUUGUAAUUAUAAUGGGAGCUAUAGUGAGGAAACUGUGCCAGAAAGGUGCUUGUGACCUACCUACGGUGGUCCAGGUGAAGCAGAUGAUGCUGGCCGGUCCAGACAGUACUCAGGAGGAGUCAGAGGUCCAAAUGUACCUGCUGGCCCUGAAGAACUCUCUGCUGCCGGAGGCUAUUCCCUUGCUUACGCGGUACGCCGAAUCUGAGGUGGGGGCAUUCAGCACAAUAGCCCUCACUGCCCUACAGAGAUAUGAUGAAGAACUCAUCACUGACGAGGUGAAACGUACCGUGAACCGCGUAUAUCACCAGAACCGUCGCGUCUACGAGAAGAACGUGCGUGCUGCCGCUGCUGACGUCAUUCUCGGCUGCAAGCCCUCUUACAUGGAGGUGAAGAACGUCCUGCUGUCCAUCGGACACCUUCCCCAUGAGAUGAACAAAUACAUGCUGUCCAAAAUCCAGGACAUCCUCCGCUUCCAAAUGCCAGCCAGUAAAAUUGUACGUCAGGUCAUGAAAGACAUGAUCUCCCAUAAUUACGACCGUUUCUCCAAGGUUGGCUCCUCUUCAUCCUACUCUGGUUACAUGGCCCGGGACGCUGAUGUCACUUCCACCUACAGUUUGGACAUCCUGUACUCUGGCUCUGGGAUCCUUAGGAGAAGCAACAUGAACAUUUAUGGCAUGAGCAAGGGCGCCCUCUUACAUGGCCUCCAGGUGGCCAUCGAAGCACAAGGUCUGGAGUCUUUGAUUGCUGCCACACCUGACGAAGGGGAGGAGGAUCUGGAGUCUUUUGCCGGCAUGUCUGCCCUCCUGUUUGACGUGCAGCUUCGCCCUGUGACCUUCUUCAAGGGCUACAGCGACCUCAUGUCCAAAAUGUUCUCCAUGUCCUCAGACCCCAUCAGUGUGGUGAAAGGUCUCAUUCUACUCACUGACCACUCUCAGGUGAUCCAAUUGCAGUCUGGACUCAAAGCCGGUGCUGAGUUUCAAGGUGGUUUGGCCAUCGAUAUCUCUGGAGGAAUGGAGUUUAGUUUGUGGUACAGGGAGUCCAAGACCAGUGUUAACAACAGGGGAGCGUUGGUUGUUGUAGGCAACGUCACAGUGGAUAUGGACUUUGUGAGCACAGGAGUCGAGGUCAGUUUUGAGACGGAAGCAGCCUUGGACUUCAUCACCACUGUCCAGUUCUCUGAGUAUCCCUUCCUGGUGUGCAUGCAAAUGGACAAGGCUACGUUCCCGUUUAGGGAGACGCUAACCAAAUCCGAGAGACUACCUUAUGGAAAGAACUACAUUACCCAGAAGGCCAAAGAGCAAAUGGUGCCUGGGUCAGAGUUCCCCUUGCACCAAGAGAACUCCAACAUGUGCAAGAAGGUGUUUGAUAGUGACUGGUAAACUGAAACGAAGACAAGAUGGGACUUAGAAGUCGGAUAGUGUCCAGCUUUCUUUAAUAUGUGGCACGUGCAAAGGGUUUUUUUUUGCACAUUCAGAAUGGAUUCCUGAGAAAUAUCCGAAGUGAAAGCUGAGGUUCUGGGCAUGUGAAAAACCAUUUGUUCAUGCUAAUUCCUUGGGAGGCAUAGCACUCCUAUGUUCUCCGCCAUCUCCUCCAUAUGACAGAGUAGUUAGCCGCGUUUCACUGUAUGUCUCCUUUCAUCAUGUUUACAAUGUUAAAAAGUUGGCUCACGUGAGAGGAGACGUAAGUGAGAAGCAGUUAAAUUAUUUAUUUUACUGAAAUAUAAAAAAAAAAAAAAAAGAAGAACAAAAUCUGAAACACUGAGUAAGCAAUAAAAUAGGGCAAUAAAACCAAGCACAAGAAUGUUCUUACAGCUGCAAAUGAAAUGUUUACACACUCUUGAAUUAUUUAAGUCUUUUAUGUUUGCCAAAGGACAAAAAAACAUCUUUUUCUUUCUUUUUUUUUACUGCCGGUGCUUUCAGAACAUUUUAAUUCUUUUUUUUUUUUUUAACGGGGAGGCAUUUAAAUCUGAAAUUGAUGGUGUCUUAGCCAUACCUUGUGUUUUAUGGGUACUUACAUAUGUAAAUAUGGUACUUAUGAGAGUGAGCCAAACAAUAUUCAUAUUCAGUCGUACCAUUAUUUUGCUCCACGGACCGUUGCACUCAGUUUCAACAGUUGUAUGUUUUUCUUAGUGUAACUAUAGCUACCGUGCUGGAGACAAUAAUCACAAUGUUUUGUUUUUAUUUCUGAUAGUUUUAUGCCAUUUUUAUUUGAAAUUUGGUGUGGCUGGAUUUUAUUAGUUCAUCUGAAAAAAGAAAAAAAAAAUCCAGCUUUUUUUUUUUUUUCUUUUCUUAAUGGAGUUGACUUUUUUUUUUUUUUUUGAUGAUUUGUUGAAUCACUAGAGCUUAUUUCGUCUGGAAAUUGAAAUGAAUCUGAAAUAUUUGCAUUAUUACUAUUCAAGUGAAACCGUGACAUUCAAACACUUGCAUAGCUCUUUUAAUCUUCCAUUUGACCAUUACAUGCAGUAACCUCCCGCUGACAUCAUUUUGGAAUCAAAGUUUGUGCUUAGAUUGUGAAUUCUCCUGAAAUACUUCACUUGAGUUUGCUGGGUGCACUGAUAUCUGAAACCUAACAGUGCACACUGGGAUGUAAACACAUUGUCAUUGCGUUUAAACGGGGUGACAUGUGGGGACCAUAAGGUGUUUAAAUGUAUUUGUAUGUUGUGGCUUUGAAUAAAGCUGUGAAAAAUGUU